AUGAAGCUAGGACUCAAGAUUGUGGGCGCCUAUUCCGCAGAGUUCAACCACGAGCAGCAGAAGCUAAUAGUUCCAGCCGACGAUGCCGGGGACAACCCCCAGGCGCGGCCCCUUUUCUGGGCCCAGCAGCAGCAGGCCAUCACGCCGGCGUGCAUCGUGCACGCCAAGUCGGCAGACGACGUGGCGGCCGUGGUGCGCACGUCGCGCUCGACCGGCUGCCCCUUCGCAGUGCGCAGCGGGGGCCACUCGGACAGGGCCGGCGCCAGCAACUGCAUGGGCUGCAUGACGGUGAACCUGGCUGGCCUGAGCGGCGUCGACGUCGACGUCGACGUCGACGGCAACGGUGGAACGGUGGCCCGGGUCGGGGCGGGCGCGACCUGGGGCCGGGUGUUUGAGCGCCUCGAGGCACCGGGCCUGGCCGUCGUCGGCGGGCGGCUGACGAGCGUGGGCGUGGGCGGGCUGCUGCUGGGCGGGGGGCUGAGCCACUUCUCAGGCAAGAGAGGCUGGGCAUGCGACGGCAUACGCAGCGUCGAGCUGGUCACGGCCAACGGCAGCGUCGUGCCGCACGCGUCGGCCUCGUCGCACCCGGACCUGUUCCGCGCCCUCCGGGGCGGCGGGGGCGGCUUCGGCGUCGUCACCCGCUUCGACCUGGACGCCUUUCCCCAGGGCCCGCUGUGGGGCGGCAUGCACGUCUGGCCGCUGGGCGUCGGCGUGGCGCCGUCCGCGUCUGGGUCGCGGGUGACGGCCGCGCUCGUGGCUGCGUUUGUGAGGUUCGCCAGGGACGAGGCACCGCUUUACCCGCACCUGUCGCUCUUCGCCGGGCUGGGCUACAGCCCUGCCAUGCCGGGCGGUUUCGUCUGGGCUGUCGGGCAGUAUGACACGCAGCCCCGGGAGGAGGCGGACGAGCCGGCCAUCUUUGCCGCCUUCGACGCGCAGGUCGAGAGCGACGGCGGCGUGUCCAAGAUGGCCAGCACGGCGCGGACGUCGACGCUCGUGGACUUCGCCCAGGAGCUGGACAACUCGGAGCCGCCUGGCAUGAGGAGCAGGUUCACCACGGCCACGUUCAAGGCCGACGAGGACCUGCUGAGGCAUGUGGCCGACAUAUUCGUCGCCGAGACGGAGAAGGCACUCGACAGCGCGGGGCUGAGGGACGAUGCCGGCUUCAAGCCGAUGCUGGGGAUCCAGCCGCUGGCACGGAACAUGCUGCAGGCGUCGAUGGACCGCGGCGGCAAUGUCCUGGGACUCGAUGUCGAGGACGGCCCCCUUGUCGCGUGCUCGUUUGGGUGGGAGUGGUCCUCCGAGUCGGACGAUGCUGUUGUCAUUGCUGGCAUCAAGGCCGUCCUGGACCAGUCGGUGGCCGCUGCUCGGGAUCGAGGCCUGUACCACCCCUUCAAGUACUUGAACUACGCUGCGGAAGGCCAGGACCCCUUGGGGAGCUAUGGCCCAGAAAAUGUCGAGUUUAUGAGAAGGGUCAGGGCGACGUACGACCCUGAUGGAUUGUUCACGACACUUGUUCCUGGAGGUUUCAAGCUUGCGUAA